AGAGACUCAUCAUGAAAGCCCAACUGGCAAAAUUCCUCAAGAUUAACUGUCCUUGAUUUACAGUAUACAUGUAGUUUAAUAUCUUUCGCCCUCAAUUAUUCUUACAUUCAAGUAGGAAGAUUUUUUUCUUUCAUCAGAACAUGCUGGAACAGAUAGCUACAAGUGAAAAAGUGUUUGAUGUCAGCAAGGCCAACAAGAAAGAGUUUCUUGAUCACCUGAAGAAGGCGCUUACCAGCACUAAGCAUCUGACUGAGAGUGCAGCCGUAGUUUGCGUCAAACUCUGCAAGGUAGCAACUUACAUGAAACCUGAGGACAACUCUGUGCUCUGCUUCCUGGUUGUCACCAUGCUCAAUGAAUUAAAGGCAUUACUCUUCAAUGUAAGCAAGCCAUUCUCUUUAGGAUCUGGCAGCUUUUUCACAACAGAGCAGCUAAUGGUUGAUUGCUUUGUGUCAAGUUUCCGAAUCAACUACAGAAACAACCAGCAUUUUGACAUCUGCCUCCAGCCAAACUCUCCCAUCAUCUACCAUUUUGUCUAUGUGAAAGGAACUUAUGCCAUUGUGAAAGAGACUCCUCUGAGUUGGUGGCCUAGGGCUGAAGUACUUCAUCCUAAAGCCCAAGCUCUCAGACAUAUCUUCUUGAGUAUUUGUAAUAAGGUUCAGAAUGCUGAACAGGAGGGACAACAGUCAAGGCUGAGCCAGAUCUACAAAGUGAAAGAGAAAAGGCACAAGGAAGAUGAGCUGCAUUCUAACAAGAAGCAAGACAAAGAGUUGUUGCUGUGGCUGGUGAAAAUUUUUCAUGCAGAUCCUGUUUUUGCUUUUCAUAAUCCUGAUCUUCAUGGCUGGGAGAUUCAAAAGAACUCAACCCAAGUAAUAAUGGGUGUGGUCAACCUCAUGUUAACACCAACUUUACCAUCUGAAAUCAGACAUGAAGCAGCUGAGACUCUCCUAUGCUUCUUUCAAGCUGAUCACAUUGAGAUGUGGAACCCAGUGGCACCAAUUGCCACUUUCUGGGAAAUCAGGUAGUACAACAGA